CAGUUCGUGGCGAAACGUUUAACGCGCUUCAAAGCCGCAAAGAUACAAACAGAAAAAUUUUUCGAUCGUGUAGCUGAAACAAUACAAAGAUGGAUAGCACUGAAUUUCGAAAACGUGGCAUGGAAAUGGUUGAAUACAUUUGCAAUUAUCUGGAAACAUUGGGCGAGCGUCGCGUUACGCCCAGCGUGGAGCCCGGAUAUCUAAGGCAUCUGUUGCCAACUGAGGCACCGCAGGAGCCUGAGGAUUGGGAUCAAAUCAUGCUGGAUGUGGAGGAUAAAAUAAUGCCGGGUGUUACCCAUUGGCAGCAUCCCAGAUUCCAUGCCUACUUCCCAGCGGGCAAUUCGUUUCCCUCUAUACUGGGCGACAUGCUGGGCGAUGGCAUUGGCUGCAUUGGCUUCUCCUGGGCGGCCAGUCCAGCUUGCACUGAGCUGGAGACCAUUGUGCUGGAUUGGCUGGGCAAGGCCAUAGGCUUGCCGGAUCACUUUCUGGCGCUCAAGGAGGGCAGCACUGGCGGCGGUGUUAUACAGACAUCGGCCUCGGAGUGCGUGCUGGUUACCAUGCUGGCGGCACGUGCUCAGGCGCUGAAGCGUCUUAAGGCGCAGCAUCCGUUUGUGGAGGAGGGUCAUCUGCUCUCCAAGCUGAUGGCCUAUUGCAGCAAGGAGGCGCACAGCUGUGUGGAGAAGGCGGCUAUGAUUUGCUUUGUCAAGUUGCGCAUAUUGGAGCCCGAUGAGAAUGCCAGUCUGCGUGGACAGACCAUUGCCGAGGCCAUGGAGGAGGAUGAGCUACAGGGACUGGUGCCGUUCUUUGUUUCCACCACACUGGGCACCACCGGCUCCUGCGCCUUUGACAAUCUGCCCGAGAUAGGCAAGGAGCUGAAGCGUUUUCCCUGCGUCUGGCUGCAUGUGGACGCCGCCUAUGCCGGCAACAGUUUCAUCUGUCCCGAGCUCAAGCCGCUGCUCAAGGGCAUUGAAUAUGCUGACUCAUUCAACACCAAUCCCAACAAAUGGCUACUGACCAACUUUGACUGCUCGACGCUUUGGGUGCGCGAUCGCAUCCGUCUGACAUCAGCGCUGGUUGUCGAUCCGCUGUACCUCAAGCACGGCUACUCCGAUGCGGCCAUCGACUAUCGUCAUUGGGGAGUUCCACUCAGCCGUCGCUUUCGUUCACUGAAACUUUGGUUUGUGCUGCGCUCUUAUGGCAUAUCCGGCUUACAGCAUUAUAUACGACACCAUAUCAAAUUGGCCAAACGUUUUGAGGAGCUGGUGCUGCAAGAUAAACGUUUCGAGAUCUGUAAUCAAGUCAAGCUUGGACUGGUUUGCUUUCGCCUGAAGGGCAGCGACAAGAUCAAUGAGAAGCUGCUCAGCAGCAUCAACGAGUCGGGCAAGCUGCACAUGGUGCCCGCCAGCGUCAACGAUCGCUACAUUAUUCGCUUCUGUGCUGUGGCUCAAAAUGCCACCGCAGAGGACAUUGAGUACGCCUGGGACAUCAUUGUGGACUUUGCCAAUGAGCUGCUGGAGAAGGAGCAGCACGAUGAAAUAACCGACAUCAUCAAUCGCAAGAAGCAGGACACUCUGGCCCAGAAACGUUCGUUCUUUGUGCGCAUGGUUAGCGAUCCGAAGAUCUACAAUCCGGCUAUCAACAAGGCGGGCACACCCAAGCUGUCCAUGGAGCUGCCCUCGCCGGUUGUAAGUCGCGGCAGUGCGCCCAUUAUACGCACCCAAAGCUCGGUGGAUCACAACUCAUGGAUCUCCUGGCCGCUGGCGUUUCUAUUCAACAGCAAUGAGGACAAAGGCAGCAACUGCUCAUUGCGCUUUCGUCACUUGGACACCAAUGUGCGACCCACAAACUCGCGACGCAACUCGGGCGCUGGAUCCUCGCCCUCGCCCGAAAAUGAGCAGAGCAUUGUCAACAUGCAACAGCAACAGCAACAACAACAACAACAUUCGCCACGCAAAUCGCCGAUGGUGCCACGCCGAAUAUCUUCACGCGAUAAUCACUAAAAAUGCAACUAAAGUAUU